AUGGAUGCGGAGUACUCUUAUUUUGUGUCGUUUCCACUGGUGAGAGAUAAAUACAUUUCUACGCAGCAAAGCAGGAGAGGAGGUUUUAAUGCAGAAACUAAGGAAACUGUAGAUUAUGGUGUUGUUGCUAAAGAUGUGGGAGAUACUAUGAAUUUCUUGUUUGGACAAUAUUACGACACAUUGAAAGUGUUCAAGUGCAGUGAUUCUCCAACACAAAACCUUCUCAGAUGUCAAAUAGAAGUGCAAUUUCAUUAUGAUCCCAAGGAACAAAAGAAAAUAAUUCAAGAUGAAGGUACAUGUACUUCCAAGGAGGGAAAUGGUACUACUUGCAUCAUACCACCAAGGCUGCAGUUGCAGAAGUCAUUAAUUAGACCAGAUAUGAUUACUGAUGCAAACCCAUGCGCUCCAGCACUGAAGAAAAUCUUUUGUGGUCCUAAUGCAGAAUGCAGCAAAGUUGAUAACAAAACACAAAACUUUGUGUGCACGUGCUCCAAAGGGUUCCGGUCAUAUGGAAUCUAUUAUCCUUUCGUGGAUGAAAGGACUAUCGUUCACAGAUGCGAAGAUAUUGAUGAAUGUAAGGAGGACCCAAAAGCAUGUCCAGAUAACACUGAAUGCACCAACCAAUAUGGAAGUCAUGAAUGCAAGUGCGUAGAUGGUUACCAACCUUCAGAUGUGACGAAAGAUCCAAAGUUCGUUGGAUGCUCACCAAUAUGCUCCUCAAAAACAUGCAACAAUGGAAAAUGUGACGUCUCCGGUAAUCAAUUUUACUGCAAAUGUGAUGACGGAUACAUUGGGAAAUACUGCGAUAAACCUAUGCACGCACCUCCAACAGCGGAAGCUGGAAGCAUGAAGAUAGCACUCAUUAUCCUGUCUACAAUGAUAAUCCCAUUCAUAUUAUUCUCGGUUUACAUCACCAUUAGAUACAAAACCCUCAAGAAAUCAACAUCACAAUCAACUUACUUUGAUGACCAGAGUUCACUGACAAUGAACAUGAUGGUUCCAGUCGAUCGACGAGAGGACGACUCCGACCUUCCACGCUGAAAUUGCUCACAGCUAUUCAUCUUUCUCUUCAUUUUCCUCAUUGGUUACCCAACAUGGCAGCUGUGUGACUACAUAUUUCAUGAACAAAUUUUUGUUGCUGCAGAAAAUGUUGGACAUUGCGCUUGGUUUCGUGUUGUACAGAUUAUUCAUUAUUGUGUAAAUGUAUAUUUUUAAGUAGAAAAUAAAACUUUAAGAAUACA